GAGUCCUCAUGGCCUCGCUGAGCCGGGCCCUGCGAGUGGCCACUGCAUACCCUCGUCAGAGCCCCCCACAGGGCCUGGGGCUGCGUCCCCUGACCAGCGUUGCCGGAUCCCCGACGGAGAAGGGUGUUCCUUACCAGAGGACUCUGAAGGGGGAUCAAAGCCUGUCAGCAGCAGCCCAAGGCCCGAGCCGGCCCCUGCCCAGUAAUGCCAGUGUGGUGGUCAUUGGUGGGGGCAGUCUGGGCUGCCAGACCCUGUACCAUCUGGCCAAACUAGGUGUGAGCAGCCCUGUGUUGUUGGAACGAGACCGGCUGACCUCGGGGACCACCUGGCACACGGCAGGCUUACUGUGGCAGCUGCGGCCCAGCGACGUGGAGGUGGAGUUGCUGGCUCACACCAGACGCGUGGUGAGUCAGGACCUGGAAGAGGAGACAGGGCUUCACACAGGCUGGAUCCAGAACGGGGGUCUCUUCAUCGCCUCCAACCGUCAGCGGCUGGAUGAGUACAAACGGCUCAUGUCUCUGGGCAAGGCCUAUGGGGUGGAGUCCCACGUGCUGAGCCCAGCAGAGACCAAGGCGCUGUACCCGCUGAUGAACGUGGAUGACCUCUACGGGACUCUAUACGUGCCGCACGACGGGACCAUGGACCCUGCGGGCACCUGCACCACACUGGCCCGGGCUGCCACUGCCCGAGGAGCCCAGGUCAUCGAGAACUGCCCAGUGACCGGCAUCCAGGUGCGGACGGAUGACUUUGGGGUGCGGCGAGUUACGGCCGUGGAGACAAAGCACGGCACCAUCCAGACGCCCUUCGUGGUCAACUGUGCAGGAGUGUGGGCCGGCGCUGUGGGGCGGAUGGCUGGGGUCAAAGUUCCACUGGUGGCCAUGCACCACGCCUAUGUUGUCACCGAACGCAUUGAGGGCAUCCAGAAUAUGCCCAACGUCCGGGACCAUGAUGCCUCUGUCUACCUCCGCCUACAGGGGGAUGCCUUGUCUGUGGGUGGCUACGAGACCAACCCCAUCUUCUGGGAGGAGGUGUCAGACAAGUUUGCCUUUGGCCUCUUUGACCUGGACUGGGAUGUGUUCACCCAGCACAUUGAAGGUGCCAUCAACCGGGUCCCUGUGCUGGAGAAGACGGGGGUCAAGUCCACGGUCUGCGGCCCAGAAUCCUUCACACCUGACCACAAGCCGCUGAUGGGGGAGGCACCUGAGCUCCGAGGGUUCUUCCUGGGCUGUGGCUUCAACAGUGCAGGAAUGAUGCUAGGUGGCGGCUGUGGGCAUGAGCUGGCUCACUGGAUCAUCCACGGACGCCCAGAGAAGGACAUGUACAGCUACGACAUCAGACGAUUCCAUCACUCACUUACUGAUCACCACCGCUGGGUCCGUGAACGCAGCCACGAGUCCUACGCCAAGAAUUACUCUGUGGUUUUCCCCCACGAUGAGCCCCUCGCUGGACGCAACAUGCGCAGAGACCCCCUGCAUCAGGAGCUCCUGGCACAAGGCUGCGUGUUCCAGGAACGACAUGGCUGGGAGAGGCCCGGAUGGUUCAGUCCCCAAGGGGCAGCUCCAGUCCGCGACUACGACUAUUACGGGUCCUAUGGGCACCAGGCGCACACAGACUACACCUACAGCAGGCUGCUGGGCGAGGAGUACACCUUUGACUUCCCGCUCCACCACAACAUCAUACACAAGGAGUGCCUGGCAUGCAGAGGGGCUGCCGCGGUGUUCGACAUGUCCUACUUUGGGAAGUUCUACCUGGUGGGACCAGACGCGAGGAAAGCUGCUGACUGGCUCUUCUCCGCUGACGUCAGCAGGCCCCCAGGUUCAACAGUGUACACCUGCAUGCUGAACCAUCGUGGGGGUACAGAGAGCGACCUGACAGUCAGCCGCCUGGACCCUGGGCUCCAGGUUCCCCCGCUAGCUCCUGCCUUUGAAGGGGAUGGCUACUACCUGGCCGUCGGUGGGGCAGUGGCACAACACAACUGGUCCCACAUCACUAGUGUGCUGCAGGACCAGAGGUUCCGGUGCCAGCUUAUUGACAGCUCCGAGGACCUGGGCAUGAUCAGUGUCCAGGGUCCGGCCAGCCGGGACAUUCUCCAGGAGGUGCUUGAUACAGACCUGAGUAACCAAGCCUUCCCUUUCUCCACCCACAAACUGGUGAGGGCUGCCGGGCACCUGGUCCGGGCCAUGAGGCUGUCCUUUGUGGGCGAGCUGGGCUGGGAGCUGCAUGUGCCCAGGGCAGACUGUGUGCCCGUAUACAAGGCCAUCAUGGCUGCAGGCAGCAAGCUUGGACUCGCCAACGCAGGCUACCGGGCCAUCGACUCCCUCAGCAUUGAGAAAGGCUACCGGCACUGGCAUGCAGACCUGCGUUCUGACGACAGCCCCUUGGAGGCCGGGUUGGCCUUCACCUGCAAGCUCAAGUCUGACAUCCCCUUCCUGGGGCGUGGGGCUCUGGAGCAGCAACGAGCCGAGGGCCUGCGACGUCGUCUGGUGUGCUUCACCGUGGACGAAAAGGUGCCCAUGUUCGGUCUGGAAGCCAUUUGGAGAAAUGGCCACGUAGUGGGCCAUGUCCGCAGGGCUGACUUCGGGUUCACCAUCAACAAGACCAUCGCCUAUGGCUACAUCCGGGACCCCAGUGGUGGGCCGGUGUCCCUUGACUUUGUGAAGAGCGGAGAUUAUACCCUGGAGAGGAUGGGGGUGACCUACGCCGCGAGGGCACAUGUGAAGUCGCCCUUCGACCCCGACAACAAACGAGUGAGAGGGAUAUACUGA